CUGUUCUGACCUCCUGCGGCGGGAUCCAUGCGGAAUAUACAGCUUAGCUCUGGCAGUGCUGGGCGCAAUCGUCCGCGACAAAGACUCAACUCAGUACAGCUCCGGAUCUCCAUUAGACACGAGAUUGGGCUGGAAUCACGAGCUAGUCCUCGUGCACGGCGCACGGUUUGACUGGUUCACCUGAAUGUUCACGCUCAACUCUCUCCCAUCCACGACUCAACGCUUCUAAACACUCAUAUACCCCGCAUCUCACUGCGAUAGAAUACGCGCAGAUGUCUAGCUUGCAGUUUUCGUGGUCAGACAGUCUCCACGCCGCUCUAUCGUCCUGCUUCAUCUGCUUCCACUCCUCCGACUCUGAAAGCGGCCACGACAGCGCGCAGAAUGCGCACAGUACUCGCAAUAGCGCACUGAUACACACUAUGCCCCCUCCGCGCGCACGUCCAGACGAGCUCGAGGGCCUCCUCGCCGACUCGGACUCAGCGGACGCCGAGACGCUCUCGCUGCACUCCAAUCCUGGCGAGCGGCGGCGGAGGAAGCGCCGCCGCGCACGCAAGGGCAUCAGGCUAUUUGGGUUCGACCUCUUCGGCCGCCCGCCUAUACAACUGCCCGAAACUGACGACGAGGAAGACAAUCUGCUCAGGUCCAGGCGGCGGAGCCGUACAGUCUCCUCAUCGACACUCGACUCAGAUGCGUCGCCGCUCGAUCCGUCUGUUCUCGAUGAGGCGUCCGUGGCUCGUCUGGCCGCCGCUACCGCUGCAGCGGAGGAAGAGCAGCGCCGGGCGAGGGAGGAACGGCGGAAGUUGAAGAAGGAAAGAAAGGAAUUGAAGCGGCUGGCGCAGGCCAUGGCUCUGGACAUGCACGGUGCUGGAGAAGAAUCGUUCCAGGGGUUCCAGGGAAGUGGGCCUGGCCGUGUACCGUACGAAGCAUCAGAUCCUACCUCCGGUUCUGGCUCUGCAUCUCUCGCUGGUUCUCACUUCAUUGAAGAAUUCGGUCCGUUUGCUCAAGCGGAGCCAGAGGAACCCGAAGAUGACGCCGAUUUUGGCGCAGAGGAUUACACGCGUGCGGCACCCAACGCUGCAACUGCGGGAGGCAGCGCAUCGGAUUCACGCUCACGUACCUCUGCAUCCAACUCAAAUUCCAAUACUGGGUCCUCCCGACAUCACCAUUACCACUUCUCGCAAGGUUCUGCCCCUAUCCUUCCCGCGCUCAGCUCCGAGCCCUCCGACCGGAAGAAGAAACGCAAGUCGACCCGGUCGAAGUCUCUCUCCUCCAAGCUCUCCGAAGCACACUCACACUCGUCCGCAUCCGCCACCCAAUCACCAUCUAUACCUUCACCACCUCCGGAACAGCCCACCUUCGAUCUCCCCGCCAUCGCUGCAUCUCACGAGACAGAUGGUCAAUUCGAGGGCUUCCCCGGCGGGACGUUGGACCUGGCCCGUGAACAAGCAAACGCACAGGAGGGUGCGAAAGCUGCAUCGGGACCGUUCCCGAGUGUGGGCCUGCGCGGUAUUCAAAGGACCAAGAGCGAUAUGGGCGUGUUCCUUGCGAGAAGGGGAGAAGAGUAAAUGCACCCUUCAUAGAUGGAAAUGUUUCAGGUUCCAUAUGUAUUGUAUGUUUGUCCCAUCAAGUAGCUAUAUAAUGUCUCGCCAUUCAUUUAUCACCGCAUACAUAUGUACAUUUUCAUGUAUCUAAAUGGCUGUCACCUUUUCAUCUAUUCACCGUGUUUCACAUG